CUUAGGAGCUCUGUCCCUGGACAUCCUACAGAGACUCUUCCCUGGGAUUUAUCACCCCCUCCCAACUCUCCCUGGCUUUUUGGAGAGCACCACUGCCACUUUACCCCUUAACCUCUCUGUCCCCGGAAACCUUGGAUCCCUCCACCCUAUCCCCACUUCAGAGGCAGGUGAUAAUAACAGCCCCAACCUUUCCAUUAAUAUAUUUUCUUCUAUGAGCAGCUUUUGUGGAUCGUUGUUGAAUAAUGAAUAGAGACAUUUGAGUGUCUUUUCCGAUUCAGGAUUUGGGCUAAAGAAAUCAAGCCCCUUUUUUUCCUGUGACUUGAAAACUAGCCGGGAGUUGCGAACUUUUUUUUUUAAUUAUUAAUUAUUAUUUUUGAUUAUUUUCUAUUUGUUAUUCCUCUUCCUUUGGGGAAGUGAUUGACCUCCGCUCUGAGAGUGUAAUGGAUAUUGCAACAGGUCCUGAAUCAUUGGAGAGGUGUUUUAACAGGGGGCAAAGUGACUGCACAAAGAUGCUGGACAAUAUUAAGAUGGAAGAUCACCCUCUGAGAGCAGGCACUGCCACACUAGGAGUAUUGCUUGGCUCAGAGUGCCAGCACCAGGCAGUGUGUGAGGGCUGCCAGAGACCCAUCUCAGACCGCUUUCUGAUGAGAGUCAAUGAAUCCUCCUGGCAUGAGGAGUGCUUGCAGUGCACGGUGUGUCAGCAGCCUCUCACUACCAGCUGCUACUUCCGGGAUAGAAAACUCUUCUGCAAGCAGGACUACCAACAACUAUUUGCUGCAAAAUGCAGCGGGUGCAUGGAGAAAAUCGCCCCCACGGAGUUUGUGAUGAGAGCCCUGGAAUGUGUAUACCAUCUGAGCUGCUUCUGCUGCUGUGUAUGUGAGAGGCAGCUUAGAAAGGGAGAUGAGUUCGUACUAAAGGAUGGACAGCUUUUAUGUAAGAGUGACUACGAGAAGGAGAAAGAUCUUUUAAGCUCUGGAAGUCCCGACGAUUCUGAUUCUGUUAAGAGUGACGAUGAAGAUGGUGAUGUAAAGUCAGGGAAAUGUCAUGGAAACCAGGGAAAGGGUAGCGAUGAUGGGAAGGACCCCAGAAGGCCAAAACGACCCAGAACAAUCCUCACAACCCAACAAAGAAGGGCAUUCAAAGCAUCAUUUGAGGUUUCAUCAAAACCCUGCAGAAAGGUCAGAGAAACGUUAGCAGCUGAAACGGGGCUUAGUGUCAGAGUCGUCCAAGUGUGGUUUCAAAACCAAAGAGCCAAGAUGAAGAAAUUAGCACGAAGGCAUCAGCAGCAACAGGAACAGCAAAACUCACAGAGAUUGGGUCAAGAGGUCAUGUCCAGCCGAAUGGAGGGGAUGAUGACCUCGUACGCCCCCCUGGCCCCACCACAGCAACAGAUUGUCACGAUGGAUCAGAACAACUACAGCACAGACCCCUUCCAGCAAGGACUCACCCCUCCACAAAUGCCAGGUGACCACAUGAAUCCUUAUGGUAAUGACACCAUAUUUCAUGACAUUGACAGUGAUACCUCGUUAACGAGCCUCAGUGACUGCUUCCUGGCAUCUUCAGAGGUCAACUCCAUGCAAGCCAGGGUGGGAAACCCCAUAGACCGACUGUAUUCCAUGCAGAGUUCCUACUUUGCCUCUUGAGCCUUCAUCGAUCCUUUUUUUUUUCCUCAUUUCCAACCAACAACAAAAAAGGACCCUCAGAGACUUACAGCCAUAUGUGCGCAGUUGUCCUUCCCAGAAUUCUCAGCGGCGAGCGAAAAACUAGUCAAGCAAUGGAAGCAGAAAAAAAAAAAUGACUGCAGAGACCCUAAUACUAUUUGGAAACAGCAUGACCAAGAACUAUGAUAAACGUUUCUCCCGCAUUUUAAAAUGAGCCCAUUAUUUAAAAAAAAAAAAGGAAGAACACAGUAUUUGUAUAAAAUUGUGUGAAAACUAGGUUUUAUCCUCUAGGAUUAUACAGAAAAAAGCCACUGAUAAAACUUUUCCUCACCUCCUCUAAAACUGCAUGAAUGUCACCGUGAUGUGGAAUUAACAAAUUUGAACUGUGAGAAGUUAUUGUAAAUGUGACGUUUAAUCUAUUUUAUUAUUAUUAUUUUUCUUCUUAUAUUUUUUUGGUUGAUUUUCUCCAUAGACCAGAAGGUUAGAUUUUAGCCACUAUAUCAUAUGAGCAGGCAAAGAUUUUAAAAGGUCAUUGCCAACACAGGAAGGACUGCAUGUUUUUCUGGAGAGAGAUCCAUUUUUUUUUUUAAAUUAAUGGUCUUAUGUUCCUUGCGGUGGUUUAAAGAUUUAAAAACAAAACAAAAAAAAAACAACUUAAUUUAAUAAAACGUACAACAUUAAUAA